CGGAGGUCGGGGCUGCGUAGUGAGAGGCGGACUGGCGAGGGGCGCCAGAAUCGCUGCACGUGCGGCCCAGCGGCCGAUCCCGCGGGCCCGCCGAGCCAGGAGCUUUCCGCAAGCGUGGUCUCGAAGAUGGGAGGCGCCGCGAGUGCCGCUGAGGACAACGAUGAGCUGAUAGACAAUUUGAAGGAGGCGCAGCACAUCCGCUCUGAGCUGGUGGAGCAGGCCUCCCGGGCUAUUGACCGCGCAGACUGUUACCUCGAAGAAUUUAAGGAGAACGCGUGUAAAGACUUGGCGUGGAAGCACGGUAACGUCCACCUCUCCGCUGCGUGCAUCUCCUCGGAGGUGAUGGAGGCCCUGGACUUGCAGCCUGGCCUUUCCUUCCUGAACCUAGGCAGCGGCACUGGCUACCUCAGCUCCAUGGCGGGGCUCAUCCUCGGCCCUUUUGGUGUGAACCACGGGGUGGAACUCCAUUCAGAUGUGACAGAGUAUGCGAAGCAGAAGCUGGACUUUUUCAUCAGGACAAGUGACAGCUUCGACAAGUUUGACUUCUGUGAGCCCUCCUUCGUUACUGGCAACUGCCUGGAGAUCUCUCCAGGUCGCGCUCAGUAUGACCGGGUGUACUGCGGGGCAGGCGUGCGGGAGGAGCACGAGGAGUACGUGAGGGGCCGUCUCAAAGUCGGGGGCGUCCUGGUCAUGCCGCUGGAAGAGAAGUUGACUAAGAUAACUCGUACUGGUCCUUCUGCUUGGGAAACCAAAAAGAUUCUGGCUGUUUCUUUUGCUCCACUGAUCCAGCCCUGCCAGUGAUCAGAGUCAGGAAAAUCAAGACUUGUCCAGUUACGUAACACCCCGGCGGUUCGCAGCCUCCAGGACCCGGCGCGCGUUGCCAUCCGGGGCACCCUUCAGAAGGUCAUCCGCCGGGAAGCUGUGAACAGAAACGGGAACGGGCUGAAGAACACUCCCAGGUUUAAACGAAGGAGAGUUCGCCGCCGCCGAAUGGAAACGAUUGUCUUUUUGGACAAAGAGGUGUUUGCCAGUCGGGUCUCCAACCCCUCUGAUGACACCAGCUGCGGAGACCUGGAAGAGGAGCGGCAAGAAGAGGAGGCGACAGCCCCGCCGGACACCGCGCCAGGGCCCCCGGUGAGCUUCCUGCGUGAGGAGGUCCCGGGCCUUCCUCUGCCGGGUCCCCUGAAGCAUUUCCUGCUCUAUUACAGAGAACAGUGAGUCUGUUACAGAGAACAGUGACACAGCAGUGUUGGCUCAAAAGGGCGAGAGUCUCCUGGAGGAGGGGUUGUCUUCACACGCUCGGGAAAUGCUGAGGUCUGCAAGUGGAGGUGGCCGGGAGAGCGUUUCUUACGCAAGGCACACGUGUCUGCACCAGAAAGGAAAACUGAAGUUGAAAUCAACCUGUGUCUCUUACAAAAGGUGAGACAAAACGCUCAAGUUGGUAAGUGUAUAAAAUCUUUUCUGAGUGGGACAUGCCUGUGUGCAAGUUUAUGUAAUUUUAUGUUAUCAACCCCUUAAUUACUGGCACUGAGUAAUUAAAAGAUUUAUUAAAAGAUUAAUUAAAAAGAUUUAACUAAAUCUUUUAGUUAUCUGGAACGUGGAUACUUGAUUGAAAAGCCCUCUCUUAAGUAAAUUAAUUACAUCUUACGUGAGUUGUCAGUUGUAAUUUUAAAAAAGAAAAAUUGUGAUGGGGAGAGGAAUGAACGUAUCAAAUUGCCAGAUGUCUUUGCGGAACUGCAAAAGAACUCAAGGAAUUUUUUUCUGACACCUUUUGGUACCUUUAAAAGAACCAACAUUGAGUAAUCCCCUCGAAGAAAGUCGUGAAGAAUGAAACAAGUGUUGUGUGUAAGUCAUGAGCUCCAUUACUUUUGCCCCAGAGACAGAGAGUACUGUUGACUCAACUUUAAAUACAGCGUCCAGGGCUCAGUCCUCAGAGCAGGCGGGAAGUACUGGCUGCAGGAAAUGGAUUGGGGAUGAUGUAGACGGCCUGGGGGUUGUUUUGUUUUGUUUUGUUUUUUUUCAGUUGGCUGUUUUUCUGUAAUCACAUUACAGUACUGAUUCAUAGAUUUUAUGUUUUAUAAUUCUGGAGAAAAGUAUUUGUUAGUUUUGUAAUUUUUCCUAAGAACAAACGUGUGUUUAGUACAUUGCAUUAGAACAGUUUCACUCAAGUUUGACUUGUGGAAUCCAUCU